CAUUUUAUCGAAAAGAGCAAACUCGCUAAAGUGAAUCAUAUUCACUUUUUCAGUGAAUCAUAUCAGUUGGUUCAGCUGGUCGCUACGAGUCGACUCUGAAUUGCAUGAUCUGAUUCACUUAAAUGAGUACUGUCACCAAGGAAAUAGAUUCCUUUUUUCAGUGAAUCUGAUCAUUCGGCUCAACACAUCGUUACGAAACGACUCAAAUGAGUUGAAUGAUUUGAUUCACUGUAAAUGGGGCGACUGAAUCAUCGACUCUGAGUAGAAUGAUCCGAUUCACUGUAAAGCGCCAACUGUUUAGCCAGUAAACAAUUUGACUCAGGGUCGACUCUUUUUAAUAAGCUGAGCCAAGUGAUCUGAUUCGGUUUCCUCUUUUCAGUUAAUCAGAUCAUUCGGCUCAGCGCAUCGAUACGAAACGACGCAAAUUUGUCAAAUCAUUUGAUUCACUGUAAAGGGACAACUAAAUAGACACUGAAUCCAAUUAUUCACUGAAAGAGCAAACACUCUAAAGAAACAGUUUGCUUAUUACAGUGAAUCGGAUCACUUGGCUUAGCUCAUCGAUACGAAUAGACUCUGAGUCGAAUGAUCUGAUUAUCUGAAAAUAGCUACCUGUUUCUUUAGUGACCACAAGAUGGCGGGGUUUGUGUGUGUUUUAUUGAUGGCAGGUUGAAGUUGAGGGUUCAUGUUGUGUACACACACACACACACACACACACAGAGCUAACAUGAGCCUGUCAAAAUAGUGCAUAUGUUCGACUCUGUGCUUCAAUACCCUGCUUUAUUAAAAAAAAAAAAGUAAGAAAAAACUCCCCCGCAGCACAGAACAGCCAGAUUGUGAAAUAAAUCGCGUGUAAAGGAAGGAGAGAAUCCGUUUCGGGUGCCCGGAUGAACUCCGGUGCUGCCCAGUUGGAACACAGGAGCCCGAUGGCUGCCAGCUGACCUUUGACCUUCGACCUCCAGGAUGAUGUCGGUCAGAGAGCGGCUCCGCCAGAACAUCUCGGCCGCCUUCUACCGGCACGGUCUGCUGUGCGCCUCCUACCCGGUUCCCAUCAUCCUCUUCACCUCCGCCAGCAUCCUGGCCUGCUGUUACCCUCUGUUGAAGUUGCCCCUGCCGGGAACAGGUCCUGUAGAGUUCACCACCGGGGUGAAGGAUUACUCCGUCCCCUACCACGAGCCUCAGAGUGACCCGGGCGAGCGUCCUGAUUGGUAUCACGGCGCUCCGGUCGCCUACAUCCAGCAGGUGAUAGUGAAGGCGGCCGUGUCUCCGUGGGACAGCAGCUUGGUGCCCGUGGACGUUUUCCGCUCGCCGCUCGGCCGAGUCUUCAGCCUUCUGGAGGAGAUCCGUGGCCAUGUUCACGCCGACAGAGGUUUGGAGAAUCUGUGUCUCCAGGUGACGGAUCUGUUGCCGGGGUUACGGCGCAUGCAGUCUGUGCUUCCCGAACACGGCUGCCUGCUGGUUUCCCCCGGCAACUACUGGCAGAACCGGCGGGACGUGUUCGACUCGGAUCCGGACAUCCUGAAGACCGUCCAGCAGCACGAACCCAAAGGCCUGCACACGUCCGCCACGCUGAAAGACCUGCUGUUUGGGGUCCCGGGGAAAAGCACAGGCGUCAGUCUGUACAGUAAAAAGCGAGUCGUCACCUACACCAUCACCAUCGCCUUCAGCAGUUAUGACUCCAGGUUUGUAGGCAGCUUGCGUACCCGUCUGAAGCAGCUUCACCCGUCGGUGAACUGCAGCCUGCGUGAGGAUCACAUGGUGCACGUCCACUUUAAAGAGGAGAUCGGCAUCGCUGAACUCAUCCCCCUCGUCACCACCUACAUCAUCCUCUUCGCCUACAUCUACUUCUCCACCCGGAAGAUCGACAUGGUGAAGUCUAAGUGGGGUUUGGCCUUGGCUGCCGUGGUAACAGUGCUCAGCUCUCUGCUCAUGUCUGUAGGACUCUGCACUCUGUUUGGCCUCACGCCCACACUCAACGGAGGGGAGAUCUUUCCUUACCUCGUGGUCGUGAUUGGGAUCGAGAACGUUCUGGUCCUCACCAAGUCCGUGGUGUCGACCCCCGUGGACCUGGAGGUCAAACUUCGAAUCGCACAAGGUCUCAGCAGUGAGAGCUGGUCCAUCAUGAAGAACAUGGCCACUGAGCUCGUCAUCAUCCUGAUUGGAUACUUCACCUUAGUUCCUGCUAUUCAGGAGUUCUGUCUGUUCGCUGUGGUGGGUCUCGUCUCCGAUUUCUUCCUGCAGAUGUUCUUCUUCACCACCGUGCUCUCCAUUGACAUCCGCCGCAUGGAGCUGGCUGAUCUGAAUAGGCGUCUUCCAGCCGAAGCGGGGAUGCCCCCUCCUAAACCCGCCCCCUUACGCCACAGAGAAGCCCCGCCCCCUCCUCGUCCCUCCCCCCACACCAUCACGCUUCAGGCCCCGGCGUUCAGGAACCUGCGCUUACCCAAGAGGCUCCGUGUGAUCUACUUCUUGGCGCGCACCCGUCUGGCACAACGCAUCAUCAUGGUCGGCACUGUGAUCUGGAUCGGGAUCCUGGUGUACACCGACCCCGCCGGUCUGAGGACAUACCUGGCCGCUCAGGUAUCAGAACAGAGCCCUUUGGGAGAGGCGGGGCUUCCUCCUCACCUUGGUGUGGCUCCUGUGUUCCCGGGCGGAGACCCGACUAGCACCCUCAGUGUACUCCCAGCUCCAGAUCCCACCCCUGUGCCCGAGAACCAAUCGCAAGGCGUGGAUGCCUCAGGUCCCACCCCUUUGGCCAUCCCUCAGAUCACGUGGGGUUCGGAGGACGAGGAGGUGUGGAGGCGACUGUCGUUCCGUUACUGGCCCUCACUUUUCGGCUACUAUAACAUCACGCUGGCUAAGAGGUAUAUCAGCAUCCUGCCCGUCAUCCCCGUCACGCUCCACCUGAGCCCUCAGGAAGCCAUCGAGACGCGACACCCGCAGGAUACCCAGCACGCACCACGGUUCAGCACCAGUACCGCGCAGCUCCAAACCGACCUCACGCUGUACAAGGUUGCUGCACUGGGCCUCUUUGCCGGGGUUCUCCUGGUUCUCCUGCUCUUCUGUCUCUAUCGUGUUCUCUGUCCUCGUAACUAUGGACAGAAUGGAGUCCAACAUGGCCACCGUCGCCGUGGAGACCUGCCUUGCGACGAAUACGGCUACUCGCCACCGGUCAGCGAAAUCUCGCCACUGCUGCUGAGAGGCCAUAGCAUGGAUAUCGAGUGUUUAGCGAGUGAUGGUAUGCUGCUCGCCAGCUGCUGUUUAGCAGGACAGAUUCGUGUGUGGGACGCACAGACUGGGGACUGUCUCACUGUCAUACCUAAUAAUGGUUUGAGGAGGAGCAGCAGUAGUGGAUUUUGGGAUCAGCGUGACAGCUGGGAUCAUUACGACGCCGACUCCUCCCCCAGGGCGGAGUCUUCCACCACGUCCACGCCCGUCAGCGAGUACGCAGUGCGCCGGAGGCCGACCCGCCCCCCCCUGUUCGUGGACCAGCCGGACCUUACGGCGCUGAUCGACACAAACUUCAGCGAUCUGCCUCCGUCACACGUGCCCUCGGACUGCGGCUUCGACUUCGGCGGCCUGGUGGAGAAGGCGUAUAAAGAGCACGAGACAACAUCGCCGUCGGCAUCAAUGCCCACACCGCUUCCCCCGACUCCGCCCACUCCACCGGCCCCGCCCAUCGAGAGGCUGAGCGUACCGUCAGGAGACUGGGAGAGCUCGGUGUGGUCCAUGGAGCUCAGGGGAAACCUGAUCGCUGCCGGGAGGAGCAACGGCAAACUGGAGUUGUGGGAUGCUGUAGAGGGACUGCUGCGGUGCUGCAACGAAGAAGGAUCCUCGGGAAUCACCGCCCUGGCUUUCCUUAACAAUAGGAUCGUUGCAGCUCGUCUGGACGGUUCUCUUGAUUUUUUCACCGUGGACAUCAACAAACCGCUGGGUUUACUGCAGCAUCGAGGGCCCCCGGGUCGCAGCAGUCUGCCGCCGUCACCCUGUUACAGCAGCGAGGAUGCGAUCAGCUGCCAGCUAACACGCUCGGUUCAGUGCGCUCACCAGAAACCCAUCACUGUGCUCAAAGCUGCAGCGGGUCGAGUCGUCACUGGCAGCCAGGACCACACCGUCAGAGUGUAUCGUCUGGAGGAUUCCUGCUGCCUCUUCACCCUGCAGGGACACUCAGGUGGCAUCACCGCCAUUUACAUAGACCAGACCAUGGUCCUGGCCAGCGGGGGGCAGGAUGGCGCAAUCUGUUUAUGGGACGUCCUCACAGGAAGUCGCGUGAGCCAUGUUUACGGUCACCGUGGUGACGUAACGUCGCUGGUCUGCACUACUUCCUGCGUGAUCAGCAGUGGCUUGGACGAUCUUAUCUGCAUCUGGGACCGGAGCACCGGCAUCAAGCUCUACUCCAUACAGCAGGAAGUGGGCUGUGGCGCCAGUCUGGCCGUGAUUUCCGAGAGUUUAUUAGUGACCGGGGGUAACGGCUGCGUGUCGUUCUGGGACCUGAACUACGGGGACCUGCUGCAGACGGUGUAUCUGGGUCAGAACAGCGAGGGGCAGCACGUACGGCAGCUCCUCGUGCUCGAAAACGCCGCCAUCGUGUGUGACUUUGGGAGCGAGCUCAGCCUCGUCUACGUGCCCUCCGUACUGGAGAAGCUGGACUAAACACACGCACGUUUAGAAAAAUGUGUGCGAGAUGGACCGUGGUCUCUGCUUUUUUUAAAAAUAACAUGCCAGUAGUGAGGGAAACGGGGCAUGGAAUCCGUGCGUGCGUGCGUGUGUGUGUGUGUGUGUGUGAGAGAGAGAGCUCCUGCUGUUUUUUUUCUAAUGGAAAACUGGACUUUAAGAGCUUUUUAUAUAUUUUUUUGCUAGAAAAAGACUCAAAAAAUCUAAUCGCAGUGUAUCUUUACUCACGGGAUGGAUGGGACACUGAACAAUCGCUGCCUGGAGAAAGGUGUGUGUGUGUGUGUGUGUGUAAGAGUAUGGCGGGGAGACGUUUACAUGGAGAAUAACUGCUGAUGCGUGUGUGUGUGUGGGGUGGGGGGGGGAUUACUGUAAUGGGAUGAACCUGUAAAUCAGGUGUGUGUCGUGAGCGAGCGUUGCCCGUGUGUCGAAGGAGACGUGUCACUUUUUAAUAUUUAAAAACAAAAAAAAAAUCCAUUAUUUAUUAGCGAUAAAUUCUAACCGUUUGUACGAUCAGAUCUUUAAAUGUAUAAAAAGCGCUGACUAAUUUAAACUUUAAUGAUAUAACAGUCCGUUUGGACGGUGAGGGUCUGCUUUCUUUAAGACUACAAAUGUUUUUUUUCGUUUUUUCUUCCUCGGGUCGUUCGGACGGGAGAAACGCGACAGCACUACUUACUACUGAACUUAUUCUACGUUCGGGAGGUACACCUCGGGCUUCCGCACGAGAGACGAUGCGAUUCAGAUUCUGAGCACGACCCUGCGAAAGGUUUCUCGAUGAUCGCGGCGAAUCUGCCACCAUUCGGUUAAUCCGCGCUACUCGUUCGUCCUUUUUCUGAUUAUCGUCACUUUAAGAUUGUUGCAUCGCCACGCACCAACUACCACCCGAAACCCCGGACUCGUAACCCGGAUUUUUCCGCUCCGUUUUAUAUUUUUAUAUUUUUAGUUUUAUCUAAAAUACUCAACUUUACCUCAGGAGAGAAAGCGUCGUCUCCUGUCAUUUAACUGGUGGAGCCUGUCAAGAUAUUCAGUCCCUCCAGGAUUUAGCGAUCGCGGAAACUCCGCAACAUUCAGAGGAGCCUUCAAUUUCUCUAAAUUAUCACAGGUUCGAGCCGAGACGCGUCACACGCGAGUACGGCUAAAAGGUCUCGCGUAGGCACAAACGUCACUGCGUGUGAAAGAGCGUGCAAAAUUAUUUCUUGCCGUUGCGAUUUCGCCAAUUCGAGUAGUUUCCUGCAAAAAUCACAGAAAGGAAAGAGACCUCUGUGAAAUCCUGUACGGACUGAAUAAAUGCAUUCUAACGCAGCCAUGAACGUAGUGUCGCAAAUGAUUUCUAAACAAAAAUGUUUUUGUUUGUACGUUUGUUGUAGACAUGCAAAGCUACGAGCAGCUUAGGGGUGUGCCGAUAAUCAGUUACACAGUACAUCACGAUAUGAUCUGCUCUGAUCUAUCACUGACAGACGCGGUCUCUACAGGAGGAUCGAACUGAACCUGACCUUCUCCGCUUCUCCCCACAGCCCAGGUUUGAUUACGCUAAAGAUAAAGUGCGUGAGAACAGCGUCGGCGGUUUAGAACGUGGCCGACGAUUCCUUCACGUUGAUCCUUCUUGCUUCAGAGCUCCACUCUUCGGUCCCGGACGCGCAGGACACCAGGGAGGAAGGGAAGAAGGGUUAGUGCUGAGACCAGACAUUACAUUCUGUGUCAUCUGUUAGCAUGACGACGUGCGAUAUCGGUUUACGUAAAUAUAUUAAUAUAACUAAAAUAUCGUGCAGUUUGACGUCGAGUCCUACACCGUGAGCUGAAAACAUUUUUUAAAAUUUGUACACAUCAUAGAACCAGUGGAAUUUUUACUGUACCUCCUUAACAGUUUUGUUUUUUUAUUUAUUUGCUUUUUUCCCACCUGAACGUCUACUCUGGAGUUAAUAAUCGGAUAAAAACACUACGCACAGAGACGAACGUCAGCAUCUGAUUAAAGACCAGAUAACGUGUAACCAGUGUGUGUGUGUGUUUUCUAAACGGAUAUUUUUUAAAGCCGCCUUUCAAAUUUCGACCAAAUGACAGAUUCGUCGUUAAUUCUGCAACGUGCGCCGCGCUCGCAAUCUUACACGGCGAGUAGAAACGCACAGAGAUGUUAAAUUAUUAGCAAUAUGAAUGUAAAUAUUAAGGUGUGUUGCUGCCUGGACAGAUUUAGGUUCCUCUGUGUGUGUGUGUGUGUGCGCAGUUGAUUUCCAAAGCUGUGUAGUUUGUUGGUAGAAAUGUGAAUGGUGUUUUUAGACAAGUUGUGAACGACAGUAGUACAGAUACUGGGAUUAUUACAGAUGAUGAUGAGCUGUUCACGAUAUUGUUCAUCAGUUGUCCGUAGACAUUCCGUUAUUUUCAGCUUCUAAAGAAUGUGAAACCUCGAUGUAAAUAGCCUGAAUAGUAACUAAAAAGAUCAGGAUGUUUUUCCAUUGAAACUUCCGGAAGCUCGUUGGAGACAGAUUAAAGCCAGUUGUGUCGCAAUGUUGAAUGAAACCUGCACACUUCUGAGCAAACAACUGGAGGUCUUAUUUACUUAAAUAGGUAUACUGCGUAAUAUAAACAGCGCGUCGCGUCAUACGUUUUCCUGGCACUGACUGGGUUUCCUAAACUCCAUUACCAUUCACACUGUUUAAAAUGUAAUCAGACCCGUGGCGUAGGCCAGACAUGGAAAUGAUGGACAGUUGCACCGUAUACAAAGCAUAAAGAGGAUAUAACUAAUGCUCUGUUCUAUUUUUUAUCAUGGGCAAAGAUCUUUGUACUAAUUUGCAAAUAAAAAAAAAAGCGUUUUCGUA